GACAAUCCAGACCACAACAAACUGCCGGUAAGGAUGCGAUCUCUCGUCCUUUGUAUCUCAUUUGCACUCCAGUGCUUCGUUCUGCAAAGCGCAUCAGAGUAUUCUUCAAAAUCCGAGCUGGAAUACGAAUUCGGUGACUAUCGUGGCAAGUUCUGCAUCGACGAUCAAGGUUUUGUUUAUAGCAUCGGAGAGGUUUAUUAUCCGAGCUCUACAGCGUGUCCCUGCACCUGCACAGAGGAUGGACCCGUGUGUGUCAGACCCAAGUGCCCGCGUAUACACCCGAGAUGCUCGCGCAUCACAUACAAGUCCUGCUGUCCCGUGUGUGAAGCGGUCAGCAAAGUUUGCGUGUACGGGGGCAAAACGUACAGAAUGCUGGAAGAAUUUAGGUUGUCACCCUGUGAGCGUUGCCGGUGUGAAGUCAACAGAGAAGUUUACUGCACCAUAUCCGGCUGCCCUGCAUUACAUUGUGUGAACCCUGUAUACGAACCCAACCAUUGCUGUCCUGUGUGCAAAAGUGGGCCAAACUGCUUUGCUGGAAAUCGCGUGAUCUCAGCUGGAGAACGUGUUAAGAUUAAUGAGCGGACGGUGUGUUUCUGCACUUACCAGGAUGGAACGUGGCAGACGCACCCUCACGCUUCCUGUGAGGAGCACCAAGGAGAAGACAAUGAAGCCACUGACUCCGACAACACAUCCAAACAGAUGGAAGAGCAGGAGAAAGAGAAAGAGAGAGUGUUCUCGCCCAGGCUGGAUGCCAUCCCAUGAAGGGAAGUGUGCCUGGCACCAGCUCUCCUGAGAGGCAGGAGGGGUUGCAGAGCACCAUGCAGGUGUCUGUGCCCAGGGUAAACACAACCUGCGCUGGGAUAACUGCCAAUGCUAACCUCUUUAGCCAACCUCACCACCCCCUCCCAUCCUGACCCAGAUCGGCAACCCACUGACAAGCAACAUGCACUAAUGAAAUCUUCCACUAUUAUACAUGGUACACUUGUUGU